CUCAAAUACAUACUUCGUACUUCUUUGUUGUAGUUCCGUUCGCCUUUUGUAUUUGUCCUUGAUAGGAGCGCUUUCGGCAAACAAUCGAGAAUGCUGCUUCUCUUUGAGACGGCAGCGGGCUUUGCCCUAUUUAAAGUGCUGAAGGAGAAGAAGCUGGAGGAGGCGGAAGACCUCGCCAGCGACUUCGCGACCCUUGAGGCGGCUCAAAAGGUUGUCAAGCUGAAGGCUUUCAGCAAGUUUGAGAACACGACGGAGGCGCUUGCAGCUGCCACUGCUCUGGUGGAUAGCAAGCUCAGCAAGGGCCUGAAGAAGUUCCUGAAGAAGCAUGUGGAUGAGGACGAGAAGCUCGCUCUUCUGGAUAAGAAGCUGGGCAGCAUUGUGCAGGAGAAGCUGGGCCUGAACGUGCUGUGGAGCAACCAAGUUCUGGAGCUGAGCCGCGGCAUUCGUAGCCAGCUGACCGGCCUCAUCAGCGGCCUGGCGGGUGCCGACCUGCGCCCCAUGUCCCUGGGUCUGUCGCACAGCCUGUCGCGCUACAAGCUCAAGUUCAGCCCCGACAAGGUGGAUACCAUGAUUGUCCAGGCCAUCGGCCUGCUGGACGACCUCGACAAGGAGCUGAACACGUACGCCAUGCGCGUGCGCGAGUGGUACGGCUGGCACUUCCCCGAGAUGACUAAGAUUGUGACGGACAACAUCCAGUACGCCAAGUGCGUGGUGUUCAUGGGCACGCGCGAGAAGAGCGCGGGGCUGGACUUCUCCGCCAUCCUGGAGGAGGAGGUGGAGGGCGCGCUCAAGGCGGCGGCGCAGGUGUCGAUGGGCACCGACAUCAGCGAGUCGGACCUGGACAACAUCAAGGACCUGGCGCACCAGGUCAUUGCGCUGUCCGAGUACCGCGGCCAGCUGUUCGAGUACCUGAAGAACCGCAUGGCGGCCGUGGCGCCCAACCUGACCAUCCUGGUGGGCGAGCUGGUGGGCGCACGCCUCAUCGCGCACGCUGGCAGCCUGGUCAACCUGGCCAAGCAGCCCGCCUCCACCGUCCAGAUCCUGGGCGCGGAGAAGGCCCUGUUCCGCGCGCUCAAGACCAAGCACGAGACGCCCAAGUACGGCCUGAUCUACCACGCCUCCCUCAUCGGCCAGUCGCAGCCCAAGUACAAGGGCAAGAUCAGUCGCGUGCUGGCGGCCAAGUGCGCGCUGGCCAUCCGCGUGGACGCGCUGGGCGACACCAGCGACGCCACCGUGGGCAUUGAGGCGCGGCAAAAGGUGGAGGCCCGGCUACGCCAGCUGGAGGGCAAGCUGCUGGGGACUGAGGCCGGCAACUCCAAGGGCAAGGAGCAGCCCGCCAAGUACGACAAGGCGCGGCAAGGGGCCACCCCCGCGCUGGCGACCGCGCCCAAGGCCUACAACGCGGACGCUGACGCACCAGCGGAGAAGAAGGAGAAGAAAGACAAGAAGAAGAAGGCCGAGGAGCCGGCUGAGGAGGCUGAGGAGGAGGCACCCAAGGCCAAGAAGGCGAAGAAGGACAAGAAGGAGAAGGCGGAGAAGGCGGAGGCGGCACCAGAGGAGAACGGGAAGGCGGAUAAGAAGGAGAAAAAGAAGAAGAAGAAGGGCGGUGACGAGUAAGGAGCAGGAUUUGCGCCUCCCUUGUGGCUUCCGGCGGCUUGCAUGCACGUGCCCUGUCUCGGUGCGGCGGUUGGCGGUCCAGCUCUUGCAUUAGGCAGGGAGUGCGCCUUACUUAGGGACAACAAUGAGAUCGGCGUUGCAACGCACACAGGCGUUUGCAAACCGCCGUGGUAGGUCUAGCAAACUGAUGUUGAAGUAGGAACGUGGGGCGACGGGGACCUCGCUUGGUUUUGACCAUUGACUGCGUGGCCGCUGGGCGCGCUGACUCGGGCGUUGUAUGCUGAUGGGGCACUGGCCCUUUGGAAUGUUAAGAACGACCAGUACUUAGCUGGCUUUCGUGCUGAGAUUGUAAGCACCCAGCAAGAUGUGCGGAUGAUUCCGGAUUGCGAAUGGCACAAGGAUGCAGGUUGGCGCUGGUGAAGUGAGCACAGACAGUGGGCCAGUAGGCGUGCGUGCUCGGUGAAGGUGGAGGACUCGCUCCUGUAACGGAGAGCUGAAAUGCAUACGGAUAUGUGGGACUGGCCAAACGCGAUUGUGAGCGGCAAGUGCGGAAAGAGUCCCGCAUCGGCCGUCCGAGUGGCCGAAGCCUCAUCGGCACGCCGCCCGCCAACGCGACAAAGGCGAGCUCCGACUGCUAUCCGCGCGGUGUGGCGUCGCAUUGAGUCUGUGUGGUGCUAUCGCCUUGGCCGGGCGCCCGGAGCGUGAGGAAUGCGCGUCAGCAAAACAUCGACA